UACGAAAAUACCCUUAUAUUUUGAAAGAAGUCUGAACUUCAUUUUAGGGUUUCUCUAUGGUCACUCAUCUGAGCCCUCGGCCGCUCUUUCGAUCUCGUUCGCUGAGCUCUGUUGAGAUCUUUUCCCCUCGUUUCUUCUUUUCAGGAUUUAACUAGGAUAUGUAACAGAGGCCACAAUGUUAACUGUGCCGAGAGAGGGUGAAAAUUCUCUGGCCAUCUCAGGUCCAAGACCAGGAGGAGAAUGGGCUACUGUCCCACAUUCACUUCAGGCCCCAGAACCAGGUGGAAAACAAAGAACCUCCAGUUUGGAAUCCCCAAUCAUGCUGCUCACAGGUCACCAGAGUGCAAUCUACACUAUGAAGUUCAAUCCUGCAGGAACUGUCAUUGCAUCUGGAUCACAUGAUAAGGAUAUCUUCCUGUGGUAUGUUCAUGGUGACUGUAAAAAUUUCAUGGUCUUGAGAGGGCACAAGAAUGCUGCCCUAGACCUCCAAUGGACAAAUGAUGGAACCCAAAUCAUCUCAGCUAGUCCAGAUAAGACUUUAAGAGCAUGGGAUGUCGAAACAGGAAAGCAAAUAAAGAAAAUGGCGGAGCACUCAUCUUUUGUGAACUCAUGCUGUCCUUCACGGCGGGGACCACCUCUCGUUGUGAGCGGGUCAGAUGAUGGAACAGCAAAGCUUUGGGAUCUUCGCCAAAGAGGGGCGAUCCAGACUUUCCCUGACAAAUAUCAGAUCACUGCUGUUAGUUUCUCCGAUGCAUCAGAUAAGAUCUUUACUGGAGGAUUGGACAAUGAUGUAAAGGUGUGGGAUCUUCGCCGAAAUGAGGUUACCAUGACCCUACAAGGGCAUGCUGAUAUGAUAACAGGGAUGCAGCUCAGUCCAGACGGAUCCUACCUCCUAACCAAUGGCAUGGACUGCUCGCUCCGAAUAUGGGAUAUGCGUCCAUAUGCCCCUCAGAACCGGUGUGUGAAGAUUUUUACUGGGCACCAGCAUAACUUUGAGAAGAAUUUGCUGAAGUGUAACUGGUCACCUGAUGGGAGCAAGGUAACUGCUGGAAGUUCGGACAGGAUGGUGUACAUCUGGGACACAACCUCGCGUCGUAUCCUGUAUAAGCUUCCAGGGCAUAAUGGUUCAGUGAAUGAAACCGUGUUUCAUCCAACUGAACCUAUUAUAGGCUCAUGCAGCAGUGACAAACAGAUUUACUUGGGUGAGCUUUAAAUCACCUUGUUUAGUUUGAGAAUUGACUUUUGGCAUGUAUGAAUGUAACAUUUUCAGAGUGUGAGCAAUCCUAUUGAACCACCAUGGUAUAGUCUGAACUUUUGGAUUAAUUAACAGGACUUUGCCAAUCCCAACUGCCACCAGCGCAUUGUUUUC